UUAGUCGACCCAGAGGCUCCGUCUACCACUUCACUGCCAGUAAACUUGAACGCAGUCCGAUCACGUUUAAAACUGGAAAGGCAGAACUUAAAUCCAGGAUGUGCUCCGUCGUCGGGUGUGAUUCGUGGCGUCGCAGUGCGCAAGGCUUUAAGUUACCGGAGGACCCAGAGAGGAGGCUGGAGUGGGUUCAGUUCAUUUUAGAAGUCAACGGGCAGAGACUUAAAGAGUCGUCCUGGACUGAUAUCAGCAUCUGUCACGAACACUUUACUGUUGACUGUUUCGUAAACCUGACUCCGACUGGCACGGUCCAGCUAAAGCCCAGUGCUGUCCCAUCACUGUGUGUCAAGUCAGAACCAGACGAGCCUCUGGAGAGCCCACAAUAUGUGGAGCCUGAAGAAACCACAGAUUCUCCUCAUCAGUGGGAAGAUGACUUUAAAAUUAUUAUUCCAACUUCUUACUCUGAAAAAUCAGAACAUACUGUAACAGGUUCGCAAGCAAGUCCUGUGUCAAGUCCUGUCUCAGUGUCCAAUGUACCUGAUGCUUCGAAUUCUGUCAGUUCUGGAUCCAAACGGAAGAAACAAAAAGGCAUGAAGGAUGAUUUGAACAAGGAAAAAGCUGUGCCUCAACAUAUGACAGGAAAGCAUGUUGUAAAUGAAAAGUGCCUCCUCCAGCUGUUCCGCCGUAAGUGCCCUUCAUGUGGCUGUAAACUUCAGAUGGAGAAGGUCACCUAUGGGGCACUCAUCAUGUUGAACCAGCAGUGUCUUCAGUGUGAGUACAGAUACCAGUGGAAGAGCCAAAUCAACACCAGUGUUCCAACAGCUGAAGAUUCAAAUCUGACAGGAGGCACAGGAGUAACCUCAGACAUCCAACAGGAAAUGCCAACAGACGACAACCCCAGCAGCGCAGUUACCUCUGAGAUUGUUACUUUUAGUGAUGAAGAAAGCAAUCCGUCAGACGGAGGAGAGGAAGGUGAUGAAGAAGAGGUGAGUUCAGAUGGGGAAUGGAAUCCAACAGAGGAUUUUCUGCUGGCUGAAGAGCUCACAAAGGAGCUUGAAGAGGAAAGCGAAGAUGAAGGCGAGGAGGAAGAAGACUUGGAUUCCCCGGGUGGCCUCAAAAUUAAUGAGCUCUGCACAGAGUGUGGAAGUUUUUUCAAUAUUCAGAAGCCUCACACCUGUGAGCACAAAAUAAAGCCCUAUUCCUGCAAUAUAUGUGGCAAAAGAUGCGUCACUGAGACGUCUCUGAAGAAUCACAGCAGAAUCCACGAUGAAACCUACGACCAUCCUUGUAAAUACUGCCACGUUACCUUCAAAACACGGGCGGACAAACUUAAACAUGAGCAGAUCCAUCAAGACAGCAAAGAUCCCUAUAAAUGUCCGGACUGUCCCGAGACAUUCAAGUCCAGUAAGGAACGCAGCGUCCACCUGGCAAAUCACAGAACCGAAAAGGAGUACAAAUGUGGAGUUUGUGGGAUUGCAUUCAAGGAUGUGCAUCAUCUUCGGAGACACUCUGUCGUGCACACAGGAUUGAAACCGUACAAGUGUUCAGUGUGCCAGCGGGGCUUCAACCAGACAAGCCACCUGAAAUCCCACAUGCGUCUGCACACAGGGGAGAGACCUUACAAGUGUAAGCAUUGUGACAAAAGCUUCAAUCACAACGUGAGCUUGAAGAGUCAUGUCCAGCGGUACCACUCAUCCGGCUCUGGACGCGAACGGAAGAAAGCGAAGAUAGAUGAAAGGGCGAGCGACACCGGUGACGCUGAGGACAGCGAGAAUAAGAAAGGCUCCGACUCUGAGUUUGACAAUGUCGAAGAAAAUACAGAAGAGGAGGUGCAGGAGGAGAGAACAGAAGUGCGAAAAGGUAGAAAGAGGAGCACGGGUAGACCCAGAGGAAGGCCCAAGAGAAAUGAAGAAGGGAACUUGAAAGGCCAACGUUCAAAGCGCAAGACUGCAAAAUCAAAGGCGCAGAAGUUAAAGAAGUCAGGUUCCAGCGAUGAGGAAAGUGAGGAUGAACAAUCAUACAGUGACAUGUCCUACGACUCGGCAGAAGAAGAAGAAGAAGAAGAAGAAGAAGAGGAGAAGGAGACAGAGAGGAAGAGCACAAGGAGAUCAAGAGCAAGACCAAAAAAUGACAGUGACAGUGAUUUUGACCCAGAAGACAAAACAAAGAAAAAAAGGUACAGCAGCGAUAAGACCUCCGAGAAACAUAGUGGAAGACCAAAGAGAAAUCUAGAAUUCUGAAAAGAGCUGAAGAAUUAAUUUGGUGUGAGCUACUGGGAAAAGAAAGUAGCCAUAGAAAACUGGAUUGAGAUGUCUUUACUAGGUAUAUUAAAACAAUUUGAAAUAGGGAUGCACGAUAUGGAGUUCUUUCUGCUGGUACCGAUAAACACACGUUCAAAUUUUUGUAUUUCAGAAAAAAGUUCAUAACCUUUAGUUUAUCUUCACCAGCUGAGAUGGAAUGAGCAAAGAUGGAUGAUUUAAUGUUCCACAGCUCUGAUCUAUAACCGAAUCUAUCUGGCAUCUCUAUUGUUCAGUAAGGAACACUUUGGUCAUAGAUUUUACCAUUUAUUGCAACAAAUGGAAACACAGUCAGACUUGGUGCUGAAUGCUCCCUGGAUUGACUGAGCCAAAUGGAGAAAAAAAUAACCCAGUGGGGCCUUGAACAAGACAUAAAAAACAUUUUCAAGUUUUUUUUUUAGCCAUUAGGGCUAGAAAGGUGGAGGCUUGGUAUCAGUGAGGAGGGAAUCAUAUUUGAAAAGACUGAUACUUUGUAUCUUUGUAUACUAGAAUUUUGUCUUAGAAUUGGAAUUAAAUGCUUUGAUAUACAGGUGCAUCUCAAUAAAUUGCAAUAUGAUGGAAAAGUCCACUUCCAGUAGUUCAAGUCAAAUAGCCCCAACCAAGUAUUGAGUCAUAUAGAUGGACAUAAUUUUCAGAGGCCAACAUUUACAUAUUAAACAUACUUUUUAAAAUUCGUCUUUUGUAAUAUUAAAUUUUUUUUGAGAUACUGAAUUUUAGGUCUUCAUUAAAUGUAAGCCGGAAUCAUUAUAAUUAGAAGAAAUUAAAUGAAUUAAGACAUGAAAUGUUUCAUUCUGUGUGUCAUGGAUCUAUAUAAUGUGUUAUUUCCAUUUUUUAAAUUUAAUUAGUGUCAAAUAAACUUUUCUAUGAUAUUUUAAUUUAUUGAGAUGCACCUGCAAUCUGUCCAAUCACACAUCAGUAUAUUAAAUACAAAUACAAAAGGCUUUUAUAAACAAACUUAAAAGGUUUGCAGGUUAAAACUCGCAGACCUUUUUCCUCCUCUUUGAAUACUAACUGCAAUUUGCCCUCUGCUGUAACUGCUGCAUAAGUCAAUAAAAGCAAUUUGGCUUUGUAUUAUUAGCUCUGUUUAUCAGCUAUAAUUUAACAUCGAAAUAAUACAUAAUAAGAAGAAUUUCCCAUUAAUGACUGAUAAAUUAUCGGCCCAAUAUAAAUCGUGCAUCCCUAAUUUGAAAACAUCCACAUCCAUUUAGUGUGAAGUAAUGGAGGAUUAUGUCAGUAAGAGCCAUUUUUAAAAAUCGAAGAUAUUUAAUACUGAGCUUUGGUUGCAUUAUAAGAACGUGACUGACAGUGCAGGGGAAGGUAGCUGCAAAUUAGCAUCAGAAAAUCUGGGUCACCAAAUGUAGGAGAAAAGGGUUUCAGUGUUUGGGGAAAGGUGUACCAUAUUCAUGUAUUAUAACAUGGAGGUUUGAAGCUAAAAUGAUUUUUUAAAUGAGGUGAGGACACUGUGGCAGUUUGUAUAUUUUCUUAUUCACUGUAAAGCUGCAUCUGUCAGUCUGUAGACGUAAUCAGAUAGGAAUUCAUUGUUACAUGUUUUGUUUUCUGAAUCAAUAUUCCAUCAUUUAACUGUAUAAAUCAGACUCAAUCAAUGAUAAUCUUUUUACACAAUGCCUUCAAUUAAAAUAAACACAUUAAAAGUUUGAUUUUUCCAACUGAUUGUAACCUUUUAAGUGUAGGAAUGUUGUUGCAGUCAUAAUCAAUGUGGCCUCAGAUAAUUAUCAAAGAACACUUUAAAGGACCAUAUGGUUUUGUAUUGUUUAGCCCUUUAACUACAAAUUGAUUUUGUUCACAUUGCUGCUGAACAUUAUGGAUGUUUUGCUACUUUUAGGUUGAAAUUGGUUUAAAUUUUCCUAUAAAACGUGACAAUAAUCAGCUUGCUGAGACUUGGAACUAGUUUUAGAUACAGUAACUCAUUGAUGACAGUUAGAAGAAGUUUAUUAUGGUUCUGUUACGGUGGAGAUGCACUGAAUUCAGCAGAUAAAUUGAGAUAUUUUUUUUCUUUCUCCAGGCAGUGGGUAGUGCAACAUGGCAGUCAGUUCACAAACGUUCUCAUUAUACAGCUAAACAGCACGCUAAAAUAUAUAUUCAUGUUUGAUCAGCACUGCCUGGUUUGACAGUUUGAUCUGAGUUUCCCAAGCCUGGUGUGUUUGGAUAAAGUCUUAUCGAUCAUGCAACACAUAGCCAGAAAUACUACUCUCCUUAAAAAUGUCAGUGGAUCCAGUGGAUCUCAAUUAUCAUGGUCCGAACAAGUCUAAGGAAGUAAAAUACAUUUUAAUCAAGAAAUAAAUAAAUGAGGUAAUGAAUGAAUAAAUAAAGUCCUGGAGACUUCUUUACUGUUUUUGAACUCGGCCACCUGUCCACAGAAAGUUUCAAGGUUCUGCACGUUAAUUGCAAGUAAUGUAAAAGUACAGCCAAAAAAGUUGGGACGUUGUCUAAAACCUAAAUUAAACAGAAUUAAUUAUAGAUAAUUUGCUAAUUCUUCAUCCGUUAUUUCUAUAUAUGUCACAUAUUUUCAAUUGAAAACUGUACAAAGACAUUAUAUUUGUACAUUAUAGAUGUUCAAAUAUAUUUAAUUAGUUUUUUGUAAAUAUACACUGGUCCCAACUUUUUGGGAAUCAAGGUUGUAUUAUGUAAUUUGUAGAAAAUUGUAUAAAACAUGAAAAAUAUUAUGGGCCUUAAAGGGAUUGCAGAUUUUUACAUUUAGAAAAAGUAAAACAAAA